AUGAAGAGUGCAGGUCCAGGACAGCGUGGCAGAAUCAAGAAGGCCUUGUCCAUCUCCGUCGAACCAGAGGGGGAGGAAGAAGACGACCUUGACCUCCUGCAGUGGACGGCGGGAGUACGACAAAAUGCAACACCACCCUCCGAUCUAAUUAGUGAGGACGACACACCUAUGAUUGAUUCAGACGAUGAGACGGUUGCUUGGAUCGACUCUCCCACAUAUGCAAAGUACAAGCCGAUUCUAGGGACUCCAAUCUCGGAAGUCUGUUCUGAAGAUGAGAUGCAGAAUGAGAUCACCAAGGCAAACCUCGAGCGCGAGGACGCUGCGAAGAGCUUGCUGAGACUACAUUGGUAUGGUGAACCCGAUCUGACUGAUGAGGGAGCUGCGAUGAUUCUCUUGAACCUCCGUGCCGAAGCUCAGGACAUUCAGAUGGGUAUGCCGUCGGACUUGAAUGACUGA